GAAUGAAGUGAGUCAGGCUUGAGCUGAAGAGCAGAUUGAGAGAGAGAGAGUGUGAGAAAAAGAGUAGCAGCCACUGUCUGCCAUCACCCCAGCGACCAGACCGACACAGGCAGAGCAGGGCAGAGGAAGGAGAGCUGGAGGGGGAACCAGCAUCUACAUCGACCAUGCAACCUGGAGCUGACAUCCACGUCAACACAGCAACAACAACAGAAACAGCACUCUCUGUUCAACUGUAAGCUUUUUUUCUCCUUACAUUUCAAAUUUUGUUUAUUCAGAGACCUUUUUAAUUUUUUAUUCAACUCCGGCUGGAUGUCUGGCUGAAUGGCUGAGUGUCUAACUGACUACCUGACUGUCUCACUGGCUGUAUAACUUGCUGGCUGGCUGGUUUACUAGCUAGCUGACUGGUUGCUUUGCCUCUCCUCAACUAAAGUUGCGGAAGCUGGUCCAGUCUGGAGGAACUGGAUUGAAGACAGCCUCCCAGCCCUGAGGGGAGAGGAGCGGGAGAGAGAAGAAGACACGAGGAAGAGAGGAGAGGAGGAAGAGAAGAGACUGAGGAAAGAGGAGAGGAGACGGUGGAGAGAGAGAGAGGGAGCAGGGAGACGUGGAGUGUGUGUUUCUGUUUGCUCCGGGGGCUGUGAAGUUCUGCCAAGACGCCGCGUGCCGUGCUCCGCGUGAAGAAUGCCCAGACACGCCUGGCCAAGCCGGCCGAGCCGGCGCCCACGCCCGGCCUGUACAUGGAGCGCUCUCAGAGCCGCGUCAGUCUAUCAGCAUCCUUCGAGGCUCUCGCCAUCUACUUCCCCUGCAUGAACUCAUUUGAUGAGGAUGAUGGAGAGGCGGAGGGCCGCAGACUGAAGGGGAUCCAGCGCAGCACGGAGACAGGGCUGGCGGUGGACAUGCCCAGUAGGACUGUCCGGCAGGCCAGCCAUGAGAGCAUUGAGGACAGCAUGAACAGCUACGGCUCUGAGGGCAAUCUGAACUACAGUGGCAUGUGCCUGGCUUCAGACACCCAGUUCAGUGACUUCCUGGAUGGGAUGGGUCCUGCCCAGUUUGUGGGCAGGCAGACGUUGGCGACCACGUCGCUGGGUGACGUCGAGCUGGGCCUGGUGGAGAGGAACGGCGGCCUGGAGGUGGAGAUUGUUCAGGCCCGCGGACUCACCAUGAAACCUGGCUCCAAGGGACCCCCAGCUGCCUAUAUAAAGGUGUAUCUCCUUGAGAACGGGGUGUGUGUGGCCAAGAAGAAGACAAAGUCGGUCAGGAAGUCUCUGGACCCGCUCUACAACCAACUGCUCAUCUUCUCAGAGAGCCCUCAGGGGAAGGUGGUGCAGGUGAUCGUCUGGGGAAACUAUGGACGCAUGGACCGCAAGUGCUUCAUGGGAGUGGCCCGCAUCCUAUUGGAGGAGCUGGAACUGAGCAGCAUGGUGAUUGGCUGGUACAAGCUGUUUCCCACCUCCUCCAUGGUGGAACCUGGGAUGGCUCCUCUGAUUCGCCACUCCUCCCAGCUGUCCUUGGAGAGCACUGUGGGCCCUUGCUGUGACCGCUCCUGAGGAUUGUGGGAACUGGAGUUCUCUAACCUUCUCUUUGUGCCCCACCUGCCCCUCUCCCAUAAUGCAUUGCUUUGAGCCUGGGGGAGACAUAACUGAUUGUGACCUUUUCUAGAGCAGCAGGUGUGAAGGGGCAGGGGCGUUCAAGGAUGACAACACUUCCUGGACCCAUAUAAGGACUUCCUGAUUUCAACUCCACACUGUUGGGAUUGUUUUCCUGCCGCGUCAGGUGCAGUGCUUAGGUCUGACAGUAGGGGGCAGCACUGAAGGUUGGAAUAAUGGGAAGCUGAAGGGUUCUAUCAUUAUGACUUCUGGUAGGUUCUAUUUGAUUAUGUGUUCUUUUGAUAGUUCCAUCUGUAACAAUGGUAACUGUUGCCACGGCAUUUGGGCAAAGGUAGGCCUGGCCAAUCAAACGACCCAGACAUCAGAAUAAUAACAGAAUCAGGAGAAAUCUUUUAAACGGUUAAAGGAACAGUAAGAUAUUUCUACACAGGAGUGGUUUUGAUCUUCUAACUGUUGUUUUGUAGAAACCUAACGUCUUAGAAGCUUGGCUAUUGUUUGAAGAGUUCUACUGUGCCAAUCUACCAGCAGUGUCUUUAAUGUGUAGCUGGUAACAGAGUUGUUGAAUGAGGAAGGAUGUGGGGGGUGUGGGGGGCUGUUGAUGGGCCCCAAUUGACACGGUCCUUGUAAAAUUACCGCCUUUCUCCCGGGACUGUCAGCAGAGCCAGUGAUUAACAACGCAAUCUGGGAAGAGGAGGAGGAAGUGGAGGAGGAAGAGGGGGAGGAAGAGGAGGAGGA